GGGGCUGGGGAGACCAAGCCGCCUGCAGGGGAGGGGGGACGGAAGCGCUCUGCUCCCCGGUUUUUACCGCCUCCCCUGCAACUGGGUUGACCCGAGAGCUCUGGCCUCCACACCCCCCGGGACUUCUACCCACUUUACAAUUUUCCUUCCUGGCGUCCCAACGUCUCCCGGGAAUGUGCUCCCUCUCCACCCCAGACUCCGAAUUCCCAUUCAAAUUAAUAAUCCUUCUAAUAACCUGACCUCCUGCCCCUCCCUCUCUCCCAGCCUGCCUCACCCCCACCCCCUUCUCUUCCCUUCCCUUCCUCUCUCCCUCCCUCCCACCAGCCAGAGGGAAACCCGGGAAGCUGCUGGUGGGAGAUCGGAGGGAAAGAAAGUGGGGGGGGGUUGGGGGGGCGGAGAGGAAGGACAUGGUCCCUCGGGGGUUUGGCCGUCGCCUGCUAAGGGAGUUCCAGCCACCGUCAGCACCACUACUGCCACACUCCGGGCGAAUAGAGAGUGACGGUGCGCUGGGGGGACUUUUCCAUCCUCCUACCCCACGCUGGGGAGGAAGAGCUGCCACGAUCCCCUUCCCCUUCCCCUUCCCUCCGGAGGUGUUUUGAGGAUCCCCUUGACUUCAAGGAAGGAUUGACGGCCCACUCAGACCCCACAUAGUCUUCCUCCGAGCCCCGGUUUGGGCGGCAGCCUCUUCGACGUGGUGACCCUUUCCCCAUGACCCUAAGAUCCCACGAGUCCACCGUGGAUGGUGCGGAAGGGACUCGAAGCCGGUGGGGAGCGGCAGGUACAGCAGAGGAGCAGCCCUCGGAGGUGGCGAGUUUGGCUACUGCCAUGCGGGAAUUGAGCCAGGCAGGGUGGUACUGGGGAAGCAUGACUGUUAAUGAAGCCAAAGAAAAAUUAAAAGACGCCCCCGAAGGAACUUUCCUGAUCAGAGACAGUUCUCAUUCGGACUACUUGCUUACCAUAUCUGUCAAAACCUCAGCAGGACCAACCAAUCUCCGAAUCGAAUACCAGGAUGGGAAAUUUAGAUUGGAUUCCAUCAUCUGCGUCAAAUCCAGGCUGAAGCAAUUUGACAGCGUGGUACAUCUAAUUGAAUACUACGUCCGAACUUGCCGGGACAAGAGGACAGGUGCCGAAACCCCUCGGAAUGGAACCGUGCAUCUCUAUUUGACCAAACCCCUCUAUACUUCCACUCCGACUCUUCAGCAUCUCUGUAGACUCUCUAUAAACAAAUGUACAACUAAGAUCUGGGAAUUGCCUUUACCAACAAGACUAAAAGAUUACUUGAAAGAAUAUCAAUACCAGGUAUAAGUUUCUCUCUUUUUUCUACACAUGCCUCAUGUAGAAUCUCUCUGAAUGCAGCUAUGUAAAGAGAGCCAAAUUGUCACAGUCCUGGUUAGCCACGUGUCCAACCCAGAUAUGGGAUCCCUCAUAAGAACAACUGUAGUCAAACUAAUUUAAGUGUCCAAGGAAGGCUGGGGUAGGGUGGGUGGGAGCAAGCUAACUGUUAAAAUCCCCAUCAAUAUUCUCAUCCAAGUGACUUUUAGACUAAGAUGAGCCUCUCCCUUUUUUUGUGACUGAGUGUUUGGUGGUACAUUUGCUAAUCUAAGGGUUGAGGAAACCUCUUUUUUUGUUGUUUUUGUUUUUAAACUGGUCAUUUCUGCGUGUGAGUUCUUAGCUGUGGGGGCGUCAAGGGUACUUACUUGCUUCCAAGGUGUCUGGCUGGUGUUAAAGCUCAGAGCCAGCACCAAAAGAACUGGGAGGGGAGAUGUCAAGAUGGGGCUGCUCACAACUUACUUGCCUGAUGGUCAAGUGGUGUCUUAGGAUGUCUUUAUUUUACAUUCUGGUGUACUUGUUGAGAGUUUUUUUUUGUUCUUGUUAAACAGAACAUGCCUGUCAGUAUUUAUCUUUUGUUUUAUACCUUUCACCAAACCCAAAAGAGUGACCGUGAAAUCUUGUAUUUGUCUUUUGACUCCAAACGGCCGACAAUCUUGUGUGAGUAGAGAGUACUGUAGCCCUUUACUUUUAAAAAGGAGCCUUACUUCAGAAACAUUUCAAACUGGUGCAAAUGGACCUUGAUUUUCCUUGUUUUGUUUUUGUUUUUGUUUAAAAAAAAAAACAACGGCUAAAUACAAGAAUGUCAUGCUCCACAGGUGCAACUGACACCCUGGUGAUGAAAACAAUAUGUUUUAUCCUUGCCAAAGGAGCCAGGUCCUAACCUGUUGCCAUUUUCACUUUUUUGGAGGGGUGGGAAUGACUAUAAAAAUCAGUGUCUGUGUCGUCCUUGAAUUGUCUGACCACCGAGAAUCGGCAACUGUCUCCCUUCUACUAUGUAGAGUGCUUUGGACUUAAUUUUCUUCCAGAUGCAGGGGGAAAAUGUGCCUGUUUUCUUUUUUUUCCCAAAGUGUUUAUUCACGGCUGUUACUAAGUAUCCAACUUUGAUUAGAAUGUACUAAAUAAAACAAACGCCUUUUACAAGUUUCACUCCUUCCUUCUGAGUUGUAAGGAUCAUCACACUGACACAAAAAUAAAGUCUGGCUAUAAAAAU